ACUAACGGUUUAUCUGUAAAAAGCUCCACCAAACCUUUUCGAACCACGGGCGAGUCCUUGGGGUCUUUAGUAGGUGCUUCGCUGUCCGUGGUCGGCGAUAGCAUCUAUAUCUUUGGCGGCUUUGACCAGUACACCGACGACGUCUUUAACGCCCUCUACAAACUCUCGUUGAAAACCCAUCAAUGGUCUCGCGUCAUCUACACCAAAGGCCGACUGCCUGCAAAGCGCAACGACCAUACGACGACGCUGUGGAAAAACCGAAACAAGCUGGUUGUGUUUGGUGGUAACGGCGAAGAGGAUGGAAGAUUUUUUGAUGACGUUGCAGUGCUCGACCUGGAUUCGUUGACAUGGUGGCAGCCUGAAACAUACGGCAUCCGACCUGAUGGACGCAUGCGCCACUCGGCGACCAUUUAUGACGACAAGCUCUAUAUCGCCGGUGGAUUAUCGGCAACCGAGGGCACCUUUGCCGACACCUUGCUCGUGCUGGAUCUCAAUACUUGGGAAUGGCAAGCUCCUAUACCCUUUGUCCGUCGCUCGCAACAUAUCAGUUUCAUGUACAACAAACGGCUUUACCUGUUUGGUGGAUUUGAAGAAGACAUGAGCCGAUCCAACCAUUUAUCCUUCAUCGACGUUGACCGACACGGCGUCACCCAUCUCGAAAUCGACUCUCCCUCUGCGCCAUCCUUGACGGGCCAACGGUUUUCCCAGAUCUGUGGCGAUCAGCUGGUUGUGGCUGUUACCCACUCGCAGUCAACAGUGGCUGGUGAUAUCCCUGCUACAGGAUUGUGGAGUUUGGAUCUGACGUCGAUGCAGUGGCAGCAUCGAGACAUGGGCUCCGUCUUUGAAGGCUACAACUGGCUAAGUUUUGCCAUGGCCGAACACGACACGUCGUUUUACCUAUGCGGCAACGAUAUUGACGAAGAACCCGACGAUUACUAUGCGUACUUGCUUCGCGUCGAUUUGAAAGAGUAUGGGAUCAUGCCAGUGCCGCCUCCUCAGCUCGGCACAGAUCUGGUCGGACUGCUGAUCCAACAAUCCCAAAGCGCGGAUUUUUCUAUACGAUCAUCCAAAGACGAAGACGGCGGGCGAUACAUCCGGGCACAUCGACUGGUCCUACUGGCACGUUGGCCACAUUUCGCACAUUUACUGAGUUCGGGCAUGGCAGAAUCC